AGAGCGCGUAGAGUAAGAAGGAUUUAGAGAACUGGCUCGGUCUGCUGUUGAGUGAGUAAAUAGCGGUGGUUUGAGCAGGUUCGUGGAGUUGGAGAGUCAAUGCACGGCAAGCACCGGCCCGGUAAGUGCGUUCGUUCCUACUCCACCUUCACCGCGCAAAUUGCAGUCAGAUUGCUCUAUCUGAACAGACAUCUAUAGAGAGAUAUAGACAUCAGACACCCAUACAAGCUACAAUUAAUGACACGAACCCUUCCGCGCGUGUUGACCAUCGCUGGCUCUGAUUCCUCCGGCGGAGCAGGAAUCGAGGCCGACCUCAAGACAAUUACUGCCCAUGGCUGCUACGGCAUGACCGGCAUAACAGGUCUCACCGCCCAGAACACAACCGGUGUUAAGGAUAUAUUCCCCGUGGCACCAAGUUUCCUGGAACUAGCACUGGACGCGGUUUUUACAGAUAUCGGUGUGGACGCAGUCAAGACAGGAAUGCUUGCGUCGGCUGCGACUAUCGAGUCCGUCACCAAGAAAUUGAAGGAAUAUCAAGCAUCAAACAUCUGCGUUGACCCUGUCAUGAUUAGCACCUCUGGAUCCCAAUUACUACCCGACUCCGCCGUAUCUGGCUACCUCGCCCACCUCUUCCCCAUCGCGACGAUAAUAACACCAAACAUCCAAGAAGCGCAGUUUUUGUACAAAGUAGCCACCGGGACCGAUAUCGUCGUCGACUCGCUCGAAGACGCUAAGCGGCUCGCGAUGGAACUGCAUAACCUGGGCCCGAAAUACGUGUUGCUCAAAGGUGGACAUCUGCCGUUGACGACCGAUGGCUAUACGCGCGUCAAAGAGCAGGCUGCUACGAGCGCUGAUGUGGUGGCUGAUAUAGUAUACGACGGAAGCACCUACGAGAUCAUUGAAUCUCCAUUUAUCAUCACCAAAAAUACUCACGGCACGGGCUGUACUCUAUCUUCGGCAAUCGCGUCAAAUCUCGCCAAGAAGAUGACCGUCGUGGACGCAGUCAAAGAAGCAAUCGACUACGUCCAUGGCGCCAUCGCCGACGACCUGCAGCUCGGGAAAGGCAACGGGCCUAUAAACCACCUACACCGAACGUACAUAUAGACAUCAAUCGAUAUUUCAUAACUGCCC